UCUUUUCGUCUUCUUUACAUUUCAGUCACCCCCUCUCUCUCUCUUGAAGAUAUUUUUCUCUCUUGAAAUGGAGAAUUCUCCGGCGACCCAUCACCCAUCGCCGCCGCCAACUCCGGUCACAAUCUCCGACCCGAACAACCCAUACCCAACAACCUUCGUUCAAGCCGACACCACUUCUUUCAAACAAGUAGUUCAAAUGCUAACCGGAUCAUCCGAAACAGUCAAACAAGCCUCCACCACCACCCGACCCGACCCACCACCCAAAAACCCGAUCCCACCCAUGAAAACCGGCCCAAACAAAAAACCCUCAAAGCUAUACGAACGAAGAAACAGUUUAAAAAACUUCAAGAUCAGCCCGUUGGUCCCCGGUUUCGCAAACCCCAGUGGGACAUUUUCACAAACACUUGGUGGGUGUUCUGGGUCUCCCCGGAAUUAUAAUCCGGUGGAGAUUUUGUCGCCGAGUUUGCUUGAUUUUCCGAAACUGGUGCUGAGUCCGGUGACACCGCUUACUUUUGAUCCGUUUAACCGGUCGCCGGUGACUGAUGGGAGCCCGAAUUUGGACGUUGGGGCUGAGGAAAAAGCGAUUGCGGAAAAAGGGUUUUAUUUGCAUCCGUCGCCGGUGAGUACUCCGAGGAGAGAGGCUGAGCCGCAAUUGUUGACGUUGUUUCCGUUGACUUCGCCGAGAGUUCUUGAUGUUGAGUGAUGGAUGGUACUUUUUGUUGUGUUUUGUUGUACAUUAGUUUUAAGUUUUAACCUUAGUUAUUUUAUUAAUAAUGAUAUGAUGAUUUUAAUUUUAAUUGGAUGUUACAUUGUUACUAUGGAUA